GAUACCGGGAAAACACCUGUGGAGCCAGAGGUGGCGAUUCACCGAAUUAGAAUUACUCUCACCAGCCGCAACGUAAAGUCCCUGGAAAAGGUGUGUGCUGACUUGAUCAGAGGCGCAAAGGAGAAGAAUCUUAAAGUGAAAGGACCAGUUCGGAUGCCUACCAAGACUUUGAGAAUCACUACAAGGAAAACCCCUUGUGGUGAAGGUUCUAAGACUUGGGAUCGCUUCCAGAUGAGAAUCCACAAGCGACUCAUU